AUGCAACCCCAAGCGGGUCUUCCGCAAGGAUCGCCGCUGUCUCCAGUGUUGUUCCUCUUCUUCAACGCCGACCUAGUGCAGCACAAGAUCGACGCGAACGGAGGCGCAAUUGCCUUCGUGGACGACUACACUGCCUGGGUAACGGGCCCGUCAGCGGAGUCGAACCGCACUGGAAUCCAAGCUAUCAUCGACAAAGCCCUUGACUGGGAGAAACGGAGCGGUGCGCAGUUUGAAGGCGAAAAGACAGCCAUCAUACACUUCACGAGGAACAUGGAGCGAUUUUCAGAACAACCGUUCUCGGUCAAAGGCGAAGUGGUCAAACCGAAGGAAAGUGCGAAAAUCCUAGGUGUCGUGAUGGAUCGCGAACUCCGCUACAAGCAGCACAUUGCUAGGACGGCAGCUAAGGGCCUCGCAGCCGCUCUGGCCCUGAAGAGGCUGAAGAUGCUUUCCCCGCGGACAGCGAGACAGCUAUUUGUUGCGACAGUAGCCCCGGUCAUGGACUACGCUGCCAAUGUCUGGAUGCAUGCGUGCGGGGAAAAAGCACUGAGCUGGCUGAACAGGGCGCAGAAGAUCGGGGCCCUGGCCAUCACGGGAGCCUUUCGAACCGCGGCAACAGCCGUGGUGGAAGCUGAAGCGAGCAUCUACCCCGUACGAGAACGACACGUCCAGGCGGCAGCCAGUCUGUGGAUCAACAUCCACACGCUGCCCAGAACGCAUCCCCUUGCCAUGAAGAAAGUCCGGACCACCGUACGAUUCGUAUCUCCGCUGCAGAAAAUUGCCCGCGUGGCUGAAGGAGUACGAGUUGACCGGAUGGAGACAAUCCAGGAAUACGCCGUCCCGCCCUGGGUACCUCGCCUACGACCGACGCUCGAAGCCGAUCGAGGGAAGGCGGCCGAGAUGGUCAACAAAAUCUCGGGAAUCGUGAUCGCAACCAGCUCAUCCGUAAAGAAGGGCAUUGUUGGCAUGGGCGGCCUUGCACGGGAUACUCUCUUCAACAGAACUAGCGAGACUGUGACAAACUAUGCUGUUGUUCUUGGGACAAGGGAAGAGCAGAACCCAUAUACAGCAGAGCUAGCAGCCAUCGCAAUGGCCCUGGAGAAGUUACCGGCUAGCAUCUGCCACAGGCACAUCACCGUGAUCACGAGGAACCAGUCAGCGCUGGCAGCAGUUGGACAGCCGCGGCAGCAAUCCGGCCAAAGCAUCAUACGGCAAAUCUACGACUUGGCCAGGCUGCACCGACAAAGAGGAAACUCAGUCAACUUUCUGUGGAUACCAGCGGAGAUUGACUUCGCGCUAGGGUCAGAUGCCAAGGCAGCAGCCCAGAGAGCGUCGAAGCAAGGACGCACACCCGACUCCCAAAUGCCCCAGGCCAAGUCUACCGCGAUGAGGCUGGCAAUGGAAAGACAACGGACGACAAGAGUUCUACCUGUAGGCGUGGCUGAAGCGAAGGGAGGCCUGCGUAUUGGCGCAGCUCCGAACCGGAAUGGCGAGACUGAACGGUUUUUUGAGCAGGAUUGGGGCGGUCGAGUCAGACCUUUGUGCCUGUGGACAAGCGAGGGAAUCAGUGGAACACUUUCUUUUCCGAUGCGUGAGAUGGACAGCUCUGAGGGAAGACAUGCUGCAAUGCACAGUGGCAAGACGAGGAAGCCUCUCGUUCUAUCUGGGAGGGAAAGCGCCAUCAGAUACAAGGCAUUGGUCACCAGAUAUGAAGGCAGUCCGGGCGACGAUCAAAUACGCAAUGGCAACAGGAAGGCUGGAGCUGAAUGA